AUGGCGUUCCGGCAAUGUACAGCACGAUCGUGGUGUCAUGUACGAUCCAACUUGUUACGAUGGCAGCCUGUCACGACUCGACGACAUUUACCUUUGCAAGCGAUGCGAGCUCUGUCCACUGCCAAUGAGAUGGCAACAGCAGAUAUUUCCAACAAGAAACACGAUCCAGCAGCAGCAGCAGCAGGAGCAACAACAACAACACCAACGACGUUGGCAACGGAACUUGACUUUUCAAAGCCGCUUGAUGCAGUAUGGGAGGACUAUUGUUAUCGAGUGGAUCAUCAAGAACAUUUGACGUUUCAUGAUUUCAAUAUACUAUGUGCACGUAUCAAAAAAGAGACAGAGGAAGGACCUGAUGAUGCUAUUCGACGACUACAAUCAGUGAUGCGAGAGAUGCACCGAAGGAAGAUGCCCAAAGAAGUAUUCAUCAGAGGCUGCAACAUGCUGGUGCACUUGUUUAUCCAAAAGAAGGAUCUCAAAUCGGCUCGACUUGUCGUGGAUGGCAUGAUGCGGUCCAAUUAUCGCCCUGAUGAGGUCACUGUCAAGACGUUAUUUGGUGGUGUGAUGGAAGUGGGUGGCAGCAUAUCGGAUUUGCAUGACAUUUAUGAGACGCUACAAGAACGACGCAUGUUUCCAGAAGUAUCGAGUGUAUACCAAAUGUUGAUUUCCAUGUUCGGUUCCCGUGGAUUGAUCGAUAGCGCACGCACCUAUUAUGCAGCCUGCUUGAAGAAAAGGAUCCCUCUUGAACCCGGUGUAUUCAAUCAGAUGAUGUUGGCUUAUGGCACAGCUGAACUCCCUGAAGCAGCUUUGGGCGUAUACCAGCAAAUGGUCAAGCGUGGAUGUCAACCAACAGGAGCCACUUAUCAUAUCAUCAUCACCCUCUUGCAACAAGCUGGAAUGAAGGAGGCUAUGGACCACGUGUUUGACGACAUGAAAGCUUCGGGGGUUGCCAUGAAUACAAGCCAUUUCAUCGCAUGUGGAUGGGAUCCCAAGCAAGCUAUUGAGGAAUUGCAUCGCCUUGACAAUACACUCUCCACACGUGAUUACAACACUUGUAUUGCGCAUUACAUCAAACGCAAUCAAUUCCCUGAGGCACUCGAAGUCUUCCGUAUGAUGAAUGAAAAAGGAGUUGAUCCCGAUGUAUACAGCUUUUCAAUCAUUAUGGAUACCAUUGCACGUGAUCGUGAGCGACCUGUCGACCAAGUCUUUGCAUUUCACGAAGAAAUGAAAUCACAUGACAUUCAACCCGAUGUAUCAGUAUACACCACGCUUAUGGCAGCAUGCACACGUACCGAUGGAGGUCUUGAUAAGGCGAUGGGAUUAUUAAGCGAGAUGGAACAACACAAUGUGAUGCCAAACACAUUCACCUUCAACGCCAUCUUCAGUUUAUUAUCACAACAACCCAACGUGACACGAGCUGAUUAUGAGCGAGCAGAGCAAUUGUGGAAUAAGAUGAAUCAACUAGGCAUCAAACCUGAUACACGAAGCUACAAUACACAACUCGCUAUUCUUUCAAGAUUGGUGAAGCCUGUGGAUGAUGAACAACAUGCCGAUCAGCUAUGGAAAACAGAUGGUCGCAAUGCAUUUGAAAUGUCGGGAGCUGCCAAAGAGAUGUUACAAUUAUACCGAUCCAUGAGGAAAAGAUGCAAACGGGAUUUCAUCACGUAUACAACGGUUAUCAAUACGCUGGUAUCUGCAGGCCAGAUUCGACAAGCUAUGCAAGUUUAUGAUGAUGCAAAGAUUGCACGGAUACGAUUGCCCAUCUCAGUGUACAAUUCAACCAUGAAGGCUCUCAAACAAGCCAAUCAGAUAUCGCAAAUCAUGAACAUUUGGCACGAUAUGAAGAGUAUGCGUGUGCGUCCUGAUAACAACACCUACACAUACGCCCUGGAUGCAUGUCUCCAACUUGGUUUGCGUGAAUCAUUCUCCGCUAUUCGAGCACAACGAAGGGAUGAUGCUGAUAGGCUAUUGGAAUUGGAAAGGAAACGAGAAGAGCGCAUGCAAAGUAAGAAGGAGGCAGCAGCGACAGUAGAGGAAGAAACAGCAUUAGAGUAA